ACUUCACUUCACAGUUUACUCUUGUUUAGAGUUUAAAAAAAAAAACUAUAAAAGCGGGUUUUAGGGUUUUAGAUUUGAGAAAGAAAGAAAGCAAGAGAAAGAGAGAGAUGGCAAAGCAAAGAUGUUUUUUAGAUAUAAGUAUAGGAGGAGAACUAGAAGGGAGAAUAGUAGUGGAGCUUUACAAAGAUGUUGUCCCUAAAACUGCUGAGAAUUUUAGGGCUUUGUGUACUGGAGAAAAAGGCAUUGGACCCAACACUGGUGUCCCUCUUCAUUACAAAGGGAGUCGCUUUCAUCGUGUUGUUAAAGGUUUUAUGGUACAAGGUGGUGACAUAUCAGCUGGGGAUGGAACUGGAGGAGAAUCCAUCUAUGGAUUGAAAUUUGAGGAUGAAAAUUUUGAGUUGAAACAUGAAAGAAAAGGAAUGUUGUCGAUGGCUAAUACGGGCCCCGGGACCAACGGGUCUCAGUUUUUUAUUACCACCACUCGAACUUCUCAUCUAGAUGGAAAACAUGUUGUUUUUGGGAAGGUAAUCAAGGGAAUGGGCCUGGUUCGUUCUAUUGAGCUUAUUGUGACUGAGGUGGGUGAUCAUCCCUCUCAAGAUGUAGUGAUUGUUGAUUGUGGGGAAAUUCUUGAAGAGGAGGAUGAUGGGGCAUCCAACUUCUUUAAAGACGGUGAUACUUAUCCUGAUUGGCCGGCUGAUUUAGACAGAAAGCCUGAUGAGAUUUCUUGGUGGAUGAAGGCAGUUGAUUCAAUCAAAGCUUUUGGAAAUGAACAGUACAAGAAGCAAGACUUUAAGAUGGCUCUUCGAAAAUAUCGUAAGGCUUUGCGCUACUUGGAUAUUUGUUGGGAGAAGGAUGAUAUAGAUGAAGAGAAGAGCUCGUCACUGCGGAAGACAAAGUCUCAGAUAUUUACAAAUAGUUUUGCCUGUAAACUAAAGCUUGGAGAUAGUAAAGGAGCAUUAUUGGACACAGACUUUGCCACGUGUGACGGAGAAGACAAUGCAAAGGCUUUUUUCCGCCAAGGCCAGUCACAUAUGGCACUCAAUGACAUAGAUGGUGCAGUUGAAAGCUUCAAGAAGGCUCUAGAAUUGGAGCCAAAUGAUGGUGGAAUAAAGAAAGAGCUUGCCAGUGCUAGGAAGAAGGUUGCUGAUAGGCAUGAUCUGGAGAAAAAGGCCUAUGCUAGAAUGUUUCAAUAGUGUUCUGCUGGUAACCUGAUAUGGUAGAUACCUUUGUGUUCUCUCUAUGAUAAGUUAUUUUGAGCUGAACUUACCAUUUCUUGCUUUGUAAUACAGACUACCUGUUGCUUGGAUAGUUCACUUUUGAUUUCAAACAGUUUGGUUAUAAUCAACAGUGUAAAGCUUUCUGUUUGCCAACUUCAUCUUAGUAACCUUCAGGUCCC